AUGGUCCCCAUCUUUGAGCAGCCCGACGAACUGGUGAUAUCGUCCCUCCUCGCCCAAUUCCCCUGUCGUGAGCCGCAGCUACGCGCCCUCGCUACCCUCCUCAGUCCCAAUGGCGCGCCAUGCAGGAACCUAGUCCUCUACGGAUCCAAGGCCACCGGCAAGUCGGCCAUUGCCGAGGCCCUACUCCAGACGCUCUCCGGCAGCAACGGCGACGCCUCCCUCCUCCGCUACGCUCUGAUCAAGUCCGCCCGGUGCAUAACCGGACGCCACCUCUUUGAAACCACCGUCGACGCCGCCGCCAGCGCCCUGGGCUACCAGGACCAUGUGCCCACCCGGUGCGAAAACCUCACCCAGCUCGCCAUCGAGCUGGCCAAGCUCUUGAAAGAGCGUCCGCAGCCCCCGGCGCCCAUCCCGGGCCUAACGUGCGUUUACAUUGUCACCUCACCCCCUCCAGCCUACCUGCGCACAGUCGUCGGCUCUUACCUCGAGUUCCCCAACUACACCAAGCACGAGUUUGAGACCGCUGAUCUCUGGCCCCGCUUCUGCGGCGCCGUCCACGACUCCCUCACAAAGUCCGCCGCCCGCACCCUCCCUUCCUUUCGCCACAGCUGCCACGCCCUAUGGCCACGCUUCGUCGCCCCGAUACAGGCCGGCACCCACUCGCCCAAGGAGUUCUCCAAGCUGCUCAUCGCUUCCCGCGUCCACUUUCAGGAUGAGUCCCUCUUGAACCCCAGCAUCGCAUCGAGCAUCUCUAGGAGCGCCAUCGCGAACCAGCCUGCCUCGUCCGCUUCCGUAAAGGAUAAGGAUUCGGCCACCGACCUUGCCACUUUACUUCCCACCCUCGCGCGACUCAUUCUCCUUGCCGCCUACCUCGCGUCUCACAACCCGCCUCGUCACGAUAUCACCAUCUUCUCUACCCACAACUAUGGAAAGAAGCGCCGCAGGGUGGCACACCGCAAGAUUGCUCGCAAACUUCUCGGUGCUCACUCCUUUGUGAUGGAGCGCAUGAUGGCCAUUUUUGCUGCGCUGAGCUCCGAAUGGGCUGCUGGUGCCGGUAUUGCACCUGGCCCGGAUGGCACCUUGGCCCUCCCCAUAGAUGCGGACGUAGGUGUCGCCAUUGCUACGCUGGCGAGCUUACGGUUGCUCGUUAGGGUUGGCCUGGGAGGGGAUGUCAUGGAUAGGGGUGCUAGGUGGAGAAUUAACGUCUCAUGGGAGGCUGUGAGAGCUCUUGGUAGAAGUGUAGGAAUAGAGGUGGAGGAUUGGCUCGUCGAAUAA